GAGGUUAUGUAUUUUUAAUUUUGUUACUCCACUUACCAAGCAAUUUAAACCGAGUUAUUUCAUUCACUAUACGAUAAGAUACUUCGUAUAUUCUCUAAAAUUAAUUCAUUAUUAACUUAUUUUUAUAAUCAAGAAAAUAAAUCGAUUUUUAACAGGAGCUGUCAACUUGACAUUUAACCUCACAUUUGUCAACAUUCCACUAAUUUAUAAGAAAAAUCAUAUUAAUUAUUAUAAUUAACCAAAAAUUGGAAUACCAAGAUUAAAAAAGAAUCCAACAUAACCUCAAAUUUUGCUUCUGUCAAAACAAUAAAUUAAAUAUGGUAAGUGAAAACUUUGGUUUACCUGAACCACCGCAUCCUGAAGAACCCGUAACGACGAAUAACGAUGUAGUAAUGCCGAAUGAAAGUGAAUCUGACGAUGAAACUAAUGAAUAUAACGGAUAUGAGCCGUUAUCGACUCAUCCUGAUAACGAUUUGGAUGAAGACGAUGAGGAAAUUGAGCAAGAUGAAGGUGCGGCUGGUGGUGAUUUUGAAUCUAUAAUACGAGCUGAAGAUGUUUUGGUGGGUGAAGUGUGGUCUUGUAAAGAAAACGUUGUCGAUAUUGUUAUGGAUAAAGAAAAGGAAGAUUUGGUUAAGGAAGUUAUGUUAAAUUUUACUUUACCCGCAUCCUCAAUACCCGAUUGGGCUGUUAAUGUGCCCGAAGAGCAAUGGAAGGAGCAUUUAAUGAAACGGUUGGAGACUUUAAAAAAGGAAUGAAUUAAAUGAACUAAUUAAUUUAGAGAUUGCAUAAAUAUUAAUUAAUUUUUUUUUAUUAGAAUUUUUUAUAUUAUUAAUUUUAUUAUAUGUCUAUACACUAUACAGAGUAUUAUAUAAAACUAAAAAUAAAGUAAUAAAAAAGUGUAUAUAAAUA